UUGAGGUCAGAGGGGGAAGGGUCCCUGGAGGUCACUUCUUGCCCUGGGAGUUCUGCAGAGGAGACAGGCUGGGUCAGGGCGAGGGGUUUGCCCAACAUCACAGGGUGGAGGUGCUGCCAGAACUCAGAGAACCAGCCCUGCGGUGUCUGCAGACAUUCCUCCAGGCGGCGGCGGGGAAGUGAGCCUGGAGGGAGGGGCUGGGGACUCAGCCUGGAGGGACCCUGCAGAGCCAGACACAGAGCUGGGGCUUUGGGGAGCCCCGCUGCAUGUGAGGAAGGGCUUGGAGAACAGCCCAGCAUGCCCACAGCAGAAAGGGUUGCCAGAGAGACAAUGAGCACCUGUGGCUGAGGCCUGUCAGCAGGAUGGGGCGGCGCCUCCCAGGAGGAACACAGAGGAUCUGGGCCCCCUCAGAUCCUGCCGCUCUGUAAAUGCUCCACUAGGUAGGAAUGGCACUCACCACUGCUGGGCAGGGGGGGUGUGACAGAGCAAGGAGCAUGCCAUUUAUGGCCAGUUGAGAUUGCUGAACUGGGAACCAGGAGGCUGGGCCUGUGCCUGCCCUCUCUGAGCUCAGUGGCCUCCUUCUUGCCUCCCAGCAAACUUGGGCGGACACCCAGACCCUCCUGCCUCCCAGCACAAGCCGGAUGGAGGACCUCCCUGGAUGGCAAAAUCUGCCUGCCGUGCCUCCCUGAGCUUCUCAAGCUCACUGAGCUCAGGAUGGCUCAUCUGACAGAGCCUGACUCAGCCCCGGAGGGCUCUGCAGGCUGCAGGACAGGGAAUCACAGACUCUCAGAUGACAAUGUCUCCUGAGCCAUGGAGUCCAUUGCAGUAAUAUCAAUGGCAAACGUGUGCAGGAGCUGGUGUUGCUGAUUUAUGCAUCUCAACUCCUUUAGUCCUCAGAACGCCCUAUUAAGGAAGGAAGUGUUAGCAGCCAUUUUACAGAAGAGGAAACAGAGGACAGAGAGGUUAAGUAACUUGUUCACAAUCUCACAGCAAGUGAGUUGUCUGGCUCCAAAGCCCGUGUUGUUCAUCUCUGUUCCACACAGUCUCUGAGAGGAGACUGAAACCCGGAGAGGGAAAGUCACUGAGGCAGGGAGCAGGAGGAUUUCUUUCCUCUAGACUCAGGGCUCCUCCCUCAACCAGAUCCGUUCUGACAGCUCCUCUGUCUCCACCCGGCCUCCCUGCCAGGCCUCCUCAGAGUUAACAGCAGCCUGGCUUCACCCUUGGCCAGCAGUUGCAAGUCCAAACAGGCUUCGCCCACAUUCCCUGGCUGCUCUCCAGCCCGCAGCGGAGACAACAAAGUUCAGUGACUGAGAGGGCUGAGCGGAGGCUGCUGAAGGAGAGAAAGGAGUGAGGAGCUGCUGGGGAGAGAGGGACUGUCCGGCUCCCAGAUGCUGGGCCUCCUGGGGAGCACGGCCCUCGUGGGAUGGAUCACAGGCGCUGCUGUGGCGGUUCUGCUGCUACUGUUGCUGUUGGCCACUUGCCUUUUCCAUGGACGGCAGGACUGUGACGUGGAGAGGAACCGUAUAGCUGCAGGGGGAAACCGAGUCCGCCGGGCCCAGCCUUGGCCCUUCCGGCGGCGGGGCCACCUGGGAAUCUUCCACCAUCACCAUCAUCCUGGCCACGUAUCUCACGUGCCGAAUGUGGGCCUCCACCACCACCACCCCCGCCACACCCCUCACCACCUCCACCACCACCACCACCACCACCACCACCACCACCCUCACCGCCACCACCCCCGCCACGCUCGCUGAGGCUGCUGCCGCCGGUGCCUAUGGACAGCAGCUGCCCCUGCCCUGCCAUCCAUUCCCAGGACAAGUGGACCCCAUGUUUCCAUGUGGAAGUAUGCGUCUCUGGGGUGAAUGAGGGGAACAAUGGCCUGGGGCUUGCUCUGGCGGCAUUUGCAUGCUAUGCCCCAGUGUACUAUGACUGCAGAGAACUGAAGAACACUGGGGCCUGAAGUGCUGAAGGGUUUGGGGAGUGGAGAGUAAGGGUGCUCUUUUGGGGCUGGACAGCCCACCUUGUGACUGUAACUACCAGUGAGCCCCAGAAGUGACAAGGGUGUCCUGGCAGAGCCAGCACACAAGUGGAUGUGAAGUGCCUGUCUUGACCUCCUCAUCAGGCCGCUGAAAGGCCUCUGGCGGGCGGGGCACUGGGAGAGGCCCUGAGAAUGUCCUUUUGGUUUGGAGAAGGCAGUACGAGGCUGCACAGUCAAUUCAUCGGUGCCUUAGUCCAAGAAAAUAAAAACCACUAAGAAGCUUU